AUGAACAAGAAGAAGAGGCGGAAGCAACGUUGAUGUGUUGAUCGUGUAGUAAUUUCUUACUUUAUUAAGCUCUAAAACAGAAAUCAUGCCUGUAAAGAAAGUAGUGAUAGUUCCAGGUAAUGGAACAGGAGAUGUGGAACACAGUAACUGGUACGGUUGGGUCAGUAAACACCUAAACCAGAUACCUGGUGUGUGCGGUGAGCUGAGGAACAUGCCAGACUCAGUGACCGCCAGAGAGAGCAUAUGGCUGCCGUUCAUGGAGAAGGAGCUGCAGUGUGACGAGGAGACGGUGAUCAUCGGCCACAGCUCAGGAGCUGCUGCUGCGAUGAGGUACGGCGAGACCCACAAGGUAUUCGGCAUCAUCCUGGUGGGCGCCUACACUUCCGACCUCGGAGACGCGAAUGAGCAAGAGAGCGGAUAUUUCAACCGUCCAUGGGAGUGGGAGAAGAUCAGAGCGAACGUGAAACGCAUCAUCCAGUUCGGCUCCACAGACGACCCUUUCCUACCGUGGGAGGAACAGCAGGAAGUAGCAGAUGGGCUGAAGGCAGAGCUUCACAAAUACACAGACCGUGGACAUUUUCAGAACACACAUUUCCCAGAACUCAUCAGUGCUGUACGGAAACUGAUCAAGGAAUAACCGAGGGAUCAAACGCAGUUUCCUUAUAUUUCAUUUGUCGGAAGUAUAAGUGCUGUAAAGAUUCAAUUAAAACGGUGAGGAGGGGGUUGUUUUGCUUUUCAGUUUACCACCAAUGGUCUUUUUUUUAAAAAAAAGUGUAAUUUGCUAAUCGCUACAAGAUUUAAACAUGUACUAAUUGGCUACUUUAAUAGGAACUCGUUCUUGAUUCUAAGGUCCCUGUUCUUGGCUGCAGGAGAGGAACCCCGUGUGGUCUUCUGCUGUUGCAUGUUGAGAUGUUUUUCUGCUCACCACGGUUGUAAAGAGUGAUUAUACGAGUUCAUUCCUGGCAGCUUGAACCACUCUGGCCAAUUUCCUCUGAGCUAUCUUAUCAACAAGGCAUUUGUUUCCACCCACAGAACUGUCUCUCACUCUGUUUUUUGUUUUUCGCACCAUUCUGUGUAAACUCUAGCGACUGGUGCGUGUGUGUGAACCCCAGGAGAUCAGCCGUUUCUGAAAUACUCAAACCAACAUCCAUGCCACAGUGAAAGAAAGUCACACUUUGGGAUCACAAUUUUUCCCGUUCUGAUGUUAGACGUGAACGUUAACUGAAGCUCUUGAUUUGUAUCUGUAUCAUUUUAUGCAUCAAGGGAUCGGCUGAUUAGAGAACAGCAUAAAACAGUGGAUGGAUGGAUGGAUGUUCCUAAUAAAGUGGCCAGUGAGAGGUA